GAUCUUUUGGCCCUGUCUUUCCUCUCUAUCUAGAAAGGCCUUACCUUUUCUUUUGUUUGGAUGAAUGUUUUUGAAUGUUUUUUUUUUUCCUUUUCCUUUUGGGAAUGAUGAUUUAUAAGAAAUUUUGACUGAAAAUUUUGCGCCUGAGUAUGGGAGACUUGGGCGAGUUGAGCAGUUUCAAAUUGAUGGAUGACAAUGGGGAUCUGAAAUUCAAAUGAUUAAUUGUAUGGUAAUGGAGGCGCAUUUCGAAAAUGUGGAAAUUGUUUCUCAUGUGGACACUUUCAUAGACCUACAAGAUCUGAUUUUUGAGCAAGCGUCACUGUGCACAAGAUCAAGGAUAGUAGUCUAGAAACAAUAGGAUUAAUAUCGUGCUUUCGAAGAUGUACCAGUUCACAAUAUUUGCAACUCCUCUUUCAUGCUUCUAAAUGUGCCUUCUGUUUCACUUGACAUUGUCUUGGUUAACUGAGAUUUCUCCAAGCUGGCUAGUUUAUGAGUAGCAUGUAUUUGAUUUCAGGAAACUGAAAAUUCAGUAAAAGAUGUCAGAUGUAGCCAAGGACCUCACUGCUGGAACUGUUGGUGGAGCUGCGCAGCUAAUCGUUGGUCAUCCUUUUGACACCAUCAAGGUUAAGCUCCAAAGCCAGCCAACGCCACUCCCUGGCCAACCCCCCAAAUAUUCCGGUGCCAUGGAUGCAGUCAGGCAAACAUUAGCUGCUGAAGGGCCAAGAGGGCUAUAUAAAGGGAUGGGUGCUCCACUUGCAACUGUUGCAGCAUUUAAUGCUGUUUUGUUUACUGUGAGGGGACAAAUGGAGGCAUUAUUGAGGUCGCAACCUGGUGCUCCCCUAACGGUGAAUCAGCAAGUAAUAGCCGGUGCCGGUGCUGGCGUAGCAGUUUCCUUUUUAGCAUGUCCUACAGAAUUGAUCAAGUGCAGGUUGCAAGCUCAGAGUGCUUUAGCAGACUCAGCUGCAGCAAAGUAUGGAGGGCCAAUUGAUGUCGCAAAGCAUGUUGUUCGCGAAGCCGGCGUCAGAGGCCUGUUCAAAGGCUUGGUUCCAACCAUGGCACGAGAAGUUCCCGGAAAUGCAGCCAUGUUCGGUGUCUACGAAGCCCUCAAGCAGUACUUCGCAGGCAGUCAAGACACUUCAGGACUGGGAAGAGGUUCCUUGAUUGUCGCCGGAGGUCUAGCCGGUGCAUCCUUCUGGCUAUCAGUCUACCCGACCGACGUCAUCAAGAGUGUGAUUCAGGUCGACGACUACAAGAAGCCAAAAUACACUGGAUCAAUCGACGCCUUCAGGAAAAUUCUGGCUUCCGAGGGAGUCAAGGGGCUAUACAAAGGUUUCGGACCGGCCAUGGCUCGCAGUGUUCCUGCUAACGCAGCAUGUUUCCUCGCAUACGAACUAACCAGAUCCAGCCUCGGAUAAUCACUUCAACAAGCACCUCUCGAGCCUUCAUUCAUCUCGAAAUAUUGUUAUUUGCUUCUUCAUUGAAGAAUUCUCUUCUGAAAUCUUGUUAUUGUUGCAAAAUGGUUAUUAUGUUCUCUAA